AUGGAGGCUGCCCCUCCAGUCAGAUCCAGCCUCUUGGGGAUUCUGCUGCAGGUCGUGAGGCUGACAGUGCUGCUGGUCCAGAACCGUGUUCACCUGUACAGCUUCCUUCUGCUGAAGAUCAGCCUCUUCCGGCACUGGGUGUCAGGACUGACCCAGGAGGCCCAGGGCUCCUGCAGCAGGCAGGCCCGCCGGCCCACGGAAGUUGCCCCCUGCCCCCUGGGCCGGGCUCUGCGGGCAGGGUGGGCUCUGCUGUGGGUCCCGGUGUGGCUGCUGCUGUGGGCACCGAGGCUGGCGCGUGAGGCAGUGCUGGACUGUGCCCGGGCCCUGGGGCUGGCCCUGCAGCGCCUGGGGGCCUGCACGUGGCUGGGGCUGUCUCUGGCCGCCUCGGGGGAGCUGCUGCUGUCCUGCCUGCACAGCCUCAUGCUGGCAGCCCUGCUGUUGCUGCUGCUGACCUGGAGGCUGUUCCAGAAGGCUCACCGCUUCAGCCUGGGCUGGCUGCCCAGCCAGGCCCUCCUGGAGAACCAGGCCGUGCUGAAGCUGAGGCGCCUGUACGGGUGGGUGGAGAGCACCGUGGCCCUCGCCUCCUGGCACCUGGCCUAUCUUGUCACCUGGACCACCUGCCUCGCCUCCUGCCUGCUGCAGGCUGCCUUUGAGCACACAGCCCAGCUGGCGGAAGCUCAGGGGGCUGAACCGCAGGAGGCCCCAGGACCCUUGUCUGGGUCCUGGUUCCAUGAGCCCUCCACCCCCAAGGCGGGGUCCGUCCUGCCAGAGCCUGGAACCCCUGGAGAAUAA